GAAAAAGGAACUGGGCUGAUGCAUCGGAAAUGAGUCAACAAUAUUAAAGAAGUCUGAGGGCUGAGGAAUUCAUUCAGGGAGGACUCCAAGGUUCUGAUAUUUCAAAUCACUGCUACUGUGACAGACUCCAUCAAACUAAAAACAACAGACAUUUUUCAGAUCCUGGUGUGUGUGAUUAACAGAUUAUCUCCCGCUGACCAAUAAUCAUCAACCAUGGAGCAGUUUAACCACAACAUCUCUGAGCUCUUCACAACAGUCCAACCUGAAAACGACAGUGUCAUACAGAAGACCAGGUUUGAAGGUUGUAUUCACAUGCCUGCAACCAUCAUUUGGUACAUGACCAUGCAGUUCAUCAACAUGUGUCUGGGCGUCCCGGCCAACAUCACUGUGCUGUGGUUGGUCUACAAGAACAAGGGCGACUCGUCCAACUCUGGUAUCUUCAUUUUCCAACUGGCGGUGCUGGACCUCCUCUUCUGCCUCAGCCUCUCUUUCGAAAUCGUCGACAUACUCUUCAUCACCAGCAGCACCGUACCGUACAUCCUUCGCUUCUUCUACGGAAUCAAAGACACCUCACCUCUGGUCCUGGCCUGCAUCUGCCUGGACCGCUAUAUAGCUGUACUGCAUCCAAUCGCCUUCACCAGGCUGAAGGACCGCCAGUACAGAGCGGUCUUGGCCGGCGUGGUCUGGGUCAUCAUUCUGGGCUAUUCCAUUGCUUCUUGCGCAAAAAUCAUUCCCAGCGCCGCCAAGGUCUACAUGGGCAUGAUCCUCGGACCGUUUGCCUUCAUGGUCUUCUGCAACAUCGCCAUCCUGUGGGCCCUGCGGCAGUCUGGGCCGGGCCGAGACGAGAUGCACCCCGUGAAGAAGAGAGCCUUCAAAAUGGUGCUCAUCAUCCUGGCCAUCAUAGUGUUCCAUUAUUGUCCACCUGUGGUGCUGUUUCCCUUUCAGGACUACUUCUCUCCUGAUGUGUUUCGCUGCCAAGUCCACUACGGAGCCUUUGGCGUGAUGGACUUCAGCAGCACCGUUCAGCCAAUGCUCUACCUCUCCAGAGGGUCCUUACCUCGCAUCCUUAACUGUUUUUAAAUCUGUUUUAAAACUGUUUUAAAAAAAACCACACCUGGACAAACAGUGUGAUAAAUCACAAACAGACAUCACGACGCGCUGAGACCUUUGAUGGAGUCACAGAUGAGGUGGAGAGAAGACGACGGUAUGGAAAUUGUACUUUGUUCCAUUUUACCAACAACUUACCUUCACAUCUGCACUGAAUUAAAUUAGACUGGACGUCAUAAGUCAACAUCACGGAGAACCCAAACCCUAACCCUAAAACCACAGGGACGGCUCUGAUACAUUUUCAAGAGAAAACAGAAAAUAAUACCUUCAAUUUAUAAGCUUUCUCUUACUCCAACUGACCUGACGUUUUUUUUUGUUUUUUUUUUUUGUUUCUGACGGUUCCACUCUGCCAAGGUGAUUUCUGUAAGAAUUGUAAAUUUUGUGUUUUCAUUUCUGUUUCUAAAUGGUUUCUACAUUUAUCUUCUUCCAUCUUCAGAAACAUUCAAGUCUAUUUUAACUGUUUACACUGUUGAGUCUGUGCCAGUUUUAGUUCCAGUCCAAGCAGUUGACAUUCUAACUACAGCCUCUCACUGUCCACACCUGUGCAGUGUAUGUAUGUUUUUCUACAUAUAUGAAUUCAUUCAAGUAAUUGUAUUUUUUGUAUUAUUUAGCCUUGCAUUUCUAACAUAAUUAAAUUAUUUGGAAUGGUUUGUCUGAUUUUUUGUACAUUUUUAAUUUUUGCAUAAAACGCACACCUGGUUAUUGCACUAUAUGAUUUAUGCAUUUUUUAAAUGCUUAAAUGUACAUCUAUCUACAUUUGCCUUUGCGCUGCUGUGAAAAAUAUGAAUAAAAUAUGUCUUAUAUAUUGUA